AUGGCCGAUGCGCCAGACCCCAAACCGCAGUCGCAGAGCCCUCUGGACAAGGAGCAGCGACAAGGCCUGAAUUCAAUCCGAGACUUCCUCCGCAAGCGCACCAGCUACGAUGUGCUGCCGCUGUCCUUCCGCCUCAUUGUGCUCGACACCGACCUACUCAUCAAGAAGAGCCUCAACAUCCUAAUCCAGAACUCCAUUGUGUCUGCCCCUCUAUGGGACUCGCACGCCUCGCGGUUCGCUGGCAUCUUGACCGCGACCGACUACAUCAACGUGAUCCAGUACCACUGCCAGUUCCCCGAUGAGAUGAACAAGCUGGACCAGUUCCGUCUGAGCAGCUUACGAGACAUUGAAAAAGCAAUUGGGGCCACCCCCAUUGAGUCUGUUUCUGUCCAUCCUUCGAAACCGCUCUACGAGGCCCUUCGACGCAUGCUCAAGACCCGCGCGCGAAGAAUCCCGCUGGUCGACGUCGACGACGAGACUGGCAGAGAAACCGUCAUCUCGGUCAUUACCCAGUAUCGAAUCCUCAAGUUCAUCGCCGUCAACAACGAGCACAACACCAUUCUACUCAAGAAGACGGUCCGCGAUCUCCACCUAGGGACGUACACAGACCUCGCCGUGGCGCGCAUGGCGAGCACAGUGCUCGACGUCAUCGACCUCAUGGUCAACCGGAACAUUAGCUGCGUACCCAUUGUCGAUUCUGAAAAUCGAGUCCUCAACGCCUUUGAGGCUGUCGACGUCAUUCCAUGCAUCAAAGGGGGCGCUUACGACGACCUGAAUGGGACUGUGGGCGAGGCGCUGUGCAAAAGGCCGGAAGAUAACCCGGGCAUCUUCACCUGCAGCGAGGACGAUAGGCUGGAUUCUAUCUUCGACACGAUUCGAAAGAGCCGCGUGCACAGGCUAAUCGUCGUCGAUGACGAAAAUAAGCUCAAGGGCGUCAUCUCGCUUUCCGAUAUCCUCAAGUACGUACUGCUACACGACGAGGAAGAUGUCGCAAAGUCAUGA